AUGAAUGAAAGCUACGAUUGGUCAGAGGAGGCUCAGAAGCUAAUCAAAUUUCGCGAUCAGAAGGUCCUAGAGCCCGCACAAAAUGAUUUGUUGUGCAAGCGAUUAGUGAUUGAAAGAAGAAUCAAAGAAGCCGCAGAAGAACAUUUGAAGAACGAAAAUGCAUUCCAAUUGGGAAGGCUUGACAAGGUCAGUCCGGAGUACCUCCGCAUAAUGUGUAUGGAUUAUGAAGAUUUGAAAACUGCGGGUGUUGCUUACAAUCCAGCGAAAAUCAGAAAAGAAGGGGCUUCCAGCGUUCUGAGAUCAUCAGACCAAGAUGAAUUGGAAUCCCCAGAGAGCGGAGCUGCAACUAUGGAAACGUUGGUUUCUAAAGAGUUAGAGAACGACAAGGAUAGCGGUAACAUACUUCACGUAUCAAGAGGACAAGAAAUGGUUUUGAACGCAAGAAAAAAUACUGCGCUUGUCAAAUCGAUGCUUGAUACGCAAUCCGCAAGUUCCAAUGGUAUUCAUAUAUCAAAAAAGAGGGAAGUUGAGAUCUUGAGUGAUGGUUCCGAAAGCGAUAGCGAUGAUAGCCGAAGCAAAUCCAAGCGCCGCCAAGUUGGAACGCACCCUGAUGCUUUUGCGCACGAAGCACAAGUGCAGUUUUCCCCCGACAACCAGGCCCAACUUUUCCAAUAUGAAAGAAGUCUUUCAGGAAAUGCUGUACCCACAUAUGGCUACAUGCAGCAACAGCAAGUUCUAAACAUGACCCAACAAAUUACCUCACGCUCUCCUCCACAAAUUCACGCACAUUCUCACCAACAAUAUCAAAUCCCUCCUAGAACAGUCAAAAAGACACGAACAGGGACGCUUCCACCACGGCAACUUCCCGAAGCGGAGCAGAGUAGCAAAAAUAAAACGCCGAAAGCCCUCCGGAAGAUGGAAAACGUUGCUCGGAAGCAUGGCCUGUGA